UAGUCAAAAUAAAGAAAAACCCUGGGAUGAGUAGGUGUCCAAACGUUUGACUGGUACUGUAUAGAAAUAAAGUACAGGCUCUGUCAUAUCAGAGAUGAUGUCACAUUUGAAACUGUGUGGUGUUGUUGAUGUCCUUCAAGACAAGUGUUGGAUAAUUAUAAACUGUAGAUUAUCCUGAUAACAGAUCAGUUGUAAGCUAAACAUGGUUGACGACCUCUGCCUAUAUGAUUUAGGCUACAGGGAUUUAGCUAAUAUAGACUAAAUAUAGUUUCAGAUUAAAAGUAACAAUACCAAAACAAAGACUGCAUAAGAAUGCGGUAUAUGAGUGCAUUGGGAAUUCAGACAUUUCGCCUGCUCUGUCCAUUGGUGUUAGAAUUGUCUCUGCUUGGCGGGCCUAUCUUUCUUUACCCAAUUCGAUGGUUGCUCAAACUCUGUUCUUCGUUAAUUGGUAAACAAUAGGAUGACUCCCCCUUAUUUGUCCCCCGCUGUCUUUCUCACAGAUGGUGUCUCUCUUUCCUCCUCUGUGUUUUUCCAAUAACCCUGCCGUAACAGAUUUCUCACCCUCUCGCUGCGGGCCACUGUUUGGACAACUGGAGAACUCUUCACAACAAAUUGCCCUGACCCACAAUCAUUUGCCAGACAGGCUCGCCCCCACUGAAGUUGAUCUCACCCCCCUACCAAUGGUCAUUUGGCAGGUCAACUCCUCCCACACUCCCUCCAGAUCUCGAGGUCUUUAUAAACCGCGGGCGUAGUGGCCAGUUGGACAUCCAUCUAUACUCCUUCUCAGUGUAGCCGUUCCACUGGACAGAAGCGCACCAAUAGAGGCUCGCCGCCUAUUUACGCCAUAGCAGAGCAGAUAUCGCCGCGUUUAUCGCAAAGGGAAUAUCGUUAUUCAGUAUAGUAUACAAGGGAUACCAGCUACAGAAAUGAGUACCGCAUGUCUGAUCGUCAAACAGACGCCCUUCGUUGUUGCUCCGCGUCCCGUAGGGAUGGACCCUCGUCCGCAGACAAAUGACAGAUAUGAUUCACUAUGGAGACCUUGGCUCACAACCAAGAAGGAUAUGCAAAGGGAAUGCCAGAGAAGCAGACAGUCAUGUCCUUACACCAGACCUACAGACUCCACCCCUGCAGCUCCGGGUCUCUUCCCAUUCAAUGGGAAGUCCCAGUCCUUCCAGCACCCUGUCAGACUUUUCUGGCCCAAGUCCAAGUCGUUUGACUACCUGUACAGCGACGGAGAGGCUCUCCUGAGGAACUUCCCUGCCCAGGCCACCAUCAGCUUCUACGAGGAGUCAGACAGCGAGGAUGACGAGGAGGACGAGGAGUGGGAAGAAGAAAUGUACAGCGAGGAAAAGGAGUACCUCAAGCGUCAGUCCCACUACACCAGCUACAACUGAAGUCUAGAGGGUUUCCAAUUGGAACAGAUGGAACAUGGUGAUAUUCCAUAAUAUCUCUUUGUGGUACCACAGAAAAUGAUGUCUGGAAGGAGACACCUCUGGCGAGACACCUGGAAGAACCUAUAUAACUGGAGCUGUCUUCACAGUCAGAAACCAUUCUUAUUCUAUGAAUGGAAUAACCACUGUCAGUCAGAGUCAUAGACUUGUCCUACAGGAGCACAGAGCGAUCCAACAAACCAUUUAUGUCACAUAUUCAGUAGUACACAGCAUGCCGAGCAUGCUGCUCUGGCCCCCCAAUGGUGGAACAAACUCCCUCACGACGCCAGGACAGCGGAGUCAAUCACCACCUUCCGGAGACACCUGAAACCCCACCUCUUUAAGGAAUACCUAGGAUAGGAUAAGUA